AUGGGAAUUGACAAUGGGCGAUCCCAUCUGGAUCCCUCUGAAACCACUCCCCUCUUGACUCAAUCCCAUGGCCGCCCCAGCUGCCUUGAUGUCAAUGAAUAUGAUGUCGAAAUAGCCUCUUCGCAUAAGGAUACAGAUGAAGAACAUAAUGUUCCCAUUUUAUCCAGUGCUAGCUCCAUAUCUGGGGGACUGGAUUUUGGGCCAUCUCUAGAAAGAAACAUAUCCAACUCUCCGAGCAAUCCGAAUGCCUCAACUAAAGAAGAAAAUGAAUAUGCGUCGAGAUUCAUCGAUGUAUCGCCCACGCAAUUCUGGGUUAUUUUCAGCGGCAUCAUGAUGGGCUAUAUGAUUGGCUUCUUUGACUCGACCCUCAUGGCCUCAAGCCAUCCAGUCAUCACAUCCUACUUCAAAGCCGCAAACUCAGCCUCGUGGCUAUCGACCGCCUUCUUACUGACCUCGACCGCAUUCAUGCCAUUGUUUGGGCGGAUCUCCGACGCCUUUGGUCGCAAACCCGUCUAUCUCUUCUCGAUCGCCAUGUUCUUCGUCACCACAGCCGGGUGCGGUUUGGCGCGCAACAUCGGUCAUUUCAUCGCUGCGCGCGCUCUUUGUGGACUCGGUGCAGGCGGUAUCUUCUCCAUUGGUCAAAUUAUUUCCAGUGACUUGGUGCGUCUCGAAUACCGGGGCGUCUAUCAGUCGUAUCUCAAUCUAUGUCUCGGCGUCGGUAGUAGUCUCGGGCUUGCCUUUGGAGGCUAUCUAUGUGAUCAUAUCGGUUGGCGUGGGGCGUUUCUCAUCCAACUGCCUUUUAUCUUCGUCUACUUGAUUGCGGCUGCUUGGACUGUCCCGGCGGAUCUGGGCCUUAAGACUGUUGGGAUGGAGCGCAUGAAAUUGUCGCAGUUAAUCCGGAGCAUUGAUAUAACGGGAGCAUUCAUUUUGAUUACUGCCGUCACACUUCUGAUCCUUGGGUUGAAUCUGGGAGGGAACGUGGUUCCCUGGGGUCAUCCACUGAUCAUCGUCUCGUUGGUGUUAUCCGGUGUGUUAGCUGUGAUCUUAGUGCGGUAUGAACGCCUCGUACCGCGCCCCGUGAUGCCAAUCGAACUUCUUACGACAAACCCCCGAGCCAGCAUAAUCUUUGGCAGUUUCUUCGCUACAAUGUCCGUCAGCACGGUCGUUUUCAAUGCUCCGCUAUAUUUCCAGGCCGUUAAGUUGACCUCACCAACUACUUCUGGUCUCCGACUUGUUGCCUCUUCUCUUGCUAUUACUUUCUCAAGUGUCAGUACUGGAAUCUUGGUCAAUUGGACCAGACGCCUCCAACCUUUCGUUCUGAUUGGUGUAUGCAGCAUGGUAAUAGGCGGGUGUGCAGCGGCAUCAAUGGGAAUUGAUACCCAUAAUCCAGUCGCUAUGGUCUGCAUCUCGUUCUCGAGCCUGGGUCAGGGCUUCUCAUUUCCAUGUCUGAUGGUGUCUAUACUCGCAACCAGUAAACGUGAAGACCAGGCUGUUGCAACUACCACCCUUGGUUUGUGGCGGAACUUGGGGUCCGUCAUGGGUGUUGCUGUGAGUAGCUGGAUCUUCCAGAAUACCCUCAUUUAUCAUCUCAAGCACAAUGUCACUGGUGUUGACAAAGAUCAUAUCAUUGCGCUCGUCCGCAAAUCUGUGCACAGUAUUGCGCUCUUGGAUCCCGUCCAUCGGUCAGAAGUCACCAAAUCUUACUCCGAUGCUCUUCGUCUGACCUUUUUAUCGGCAGCCGUCUGGGCAAUUAUUGUACUAAUACUCAUGUGCCGAGUCCGAUUGCCACGGUUGGAAAGAAAGAAGUAG